UUUAUUUUGCGCAUUUUUUUUUCGAUCAGCGCGAUGCACGAGGAAAUUGUGAUUAAAACUGAGGAAAUUGAUAUUGAUGAUACGAAGAUAAAGCUUGAGGUCGAUGAGGAUGGGCCAACAUUGGAAUUGUCGUGCGCUGGCACCUUUAUGAAAAUAAUCGAGGAGCGGCCGAACAUGAUAACGAUGCCGGUUCACGAUUGCAAAUCUGAGGACGAGCUCAAAUUCAUAGCGAGCCUCGGAACUUUCGAUCAGCAGCAAAAGUUAUUUGUGACGUCAUCGGCUGAGAGUGUUGCCGCUCUUGGCGCAUUUGCAUGCAAAGUAUGCAGCUUUACGUGCGAAAAUCACUUGUCGCUUGCGUCGCAUCAGAUCAAUCAUCAGCUAAAUCGCCACUUCUGUUGCCACGGCUGUGGCGAGUGGUGCAACACGCUCGAAGAGAUCCAGGAGCAUGAAUAUCGAAAGCAUGCCGAUGGAAUUAACAACUCCAACUGUAGGAUCUGUCAGUUGGAGUGCAUCGAUGCAGCCAGUCUCACGAGGCACAUGAGCAGUCACUUCUAUGUGCGUCGCUUUGUGUGCUCGAUUUGCCGCCGACAUUUUGAGACACGCUUGGAAUUGCAACUGCAUCGGCAGAACGGCAAUGAGCUGUGCGGUCAGCUCGAAUAUGCGGAUAUGCAUGGAAAUAUCGGUCAGCUGGUGGCGAUCAGUAAAUUGGAUACGACACUCCCAGCUGAGCCGUUCUGUGACAUAGAAAUUAAAUCUGAGCCGAUGGACGUAGAAGAUCAGCUUCCAACUGGUAUAAUUAUCAAAACGGAGCCUCAGCCUGAAGCAGCUGAGUUAAAUUCCACCGGCCACGAUGAGAGCUGGACCCGAAACAGCCUAGCUGAACAAUUGCGCAGCAAAUUGCGCUUGCCAGCGAUAAAGAAGCCGCCGAAAGAGGAAUGUGUAGAGAAACCAAGAGCACCUGUGAAUCCAUCACACAUUGUGACGAGUGGUAAACUGAUAACUUUGCCAAACGCUACAGCAUCAUUGAAUCGCUCCAACAUUUUAAGGCCAAAGCAAUCAGACAACCAGCCCUCAAGUAUUUUGAAGAAGAACAUUUCCAAACCCAAGACAAAUAUUUGCGCCAACGUCUUAAAGAUGGUGCAAAGUAAUGGCAUGGUGAUUAAAGUGAUGCCAAACAUGAAGAUAAUAAAACUGGCACCCACCGCAAUGGGUAACACUACCAAUAGCUUCAAUAUUGGUGGCAAAAUAAUCACAUUGCCAAGCUCCAUGUCCAUAAGUUCGGGACAUAAAAACUCAACGGCUGGCCAAACGACAACAGUUCCAACCCCAUCUGCUCCCACUUCGCUACAAGCGGCCACACUGACAUUGCCCAUUAAUCGAAAUUCCCAUUUUAAUGCCAUAAGUUUGUUUGAGAGUUUGCCAGAGUCUCGCAAGAUCAUCUCAGAUAUCCAGAAUCAGAUACGCAACAUAGAGCAAACGCUGCCACUGCCCGGCAGUGUGCUGCAACCGAAAAAUAGAAACGCCAUAGUGGUGUUGCCUUCGCAGCUUCAGGUGCUUCGACUGCCGCCCACCCAGGAGAGUAAUCUGAAGGUACGUCAAUUGCGCAACACAUAUUCCGAUCAUCGCUUCCACUGGGAGUGUCCGAGCUGUGCCCGCUGUUUCGAACAAUUUGCGGCAUUUUGCAAACAUUUGACAAUCUCGCACGACAUCGCAGAGGCGAAAUUUGAGCACAUGGCAGUGGAGGUCAAGUCUUAUAAGAAAUGCAUUUCGUCGACUCCUGCAACUGUGGAAGCGACAGUUCCUAUGGUGCCAGAUGUUGCAGAUGCGGCACCAUUAAAUGUUUCUGCUGAUCCAGAUCCUGUGCAGGAUGCAGGGGCAGCUGUGGCACCCGAAAUUGUAGCUCCUGAGCGAAUCUUAACGACCCCAGCGUCUACAAUUGUAACCCCCCGACCACCAUCAUCAGCUUGGUCUGCUCAAUAUAAAUGCGGCGAUUGCUCAAAGUGCUUUACCACGAUGGGUGGGCUGCGCAUCCACAAGAUGAUUCACACCGGCGAGCUACCACAUAAGUGCAACUACUGUGAGAAGCGCUUCCGCACGCCUGGCCAGGUGCGUGUCCAUCAUCGCAGGCACACUGGCGAGAAACCAUUCAAGUGCAAGGUCUGCUCACUGGAUUUCACACAUCGGGAGACGCUCAUCUCGCAUCUCUCGCGUCACAUUGGCAUGAAGCGAUAUAAGUGCUACGGUUGUGAUAAGAACUUUGUUGUGGUCAGUGGAUUGCGUGCUCAUCGCCGUUUACGUCCUGACACGUGCGGCAAGGUCAAGUUUACGGCUCGCGCACACGGACCGCGAGUGCGCGUAAUACGCGGCGAAGUCGUCUUCGAAUCCCAUCCUGAGCACAAUGGCUACUUGCGCAGCGAGGACCCUUUAAACAUAAUGUCUGAGAUAAAUCAGGCUGCCAAAGAACCGUCUGUGGCCAACGAGUCCAGCUAACGGGAUCGUUCUAUGUAUUUCUUUUUGUCACUUUUAUUUUACGUUAUUGUUAUGAUCGUUAUUUUUUUUAGAUAAGUAGGCACAUAUAAAUUUUUUACAAUUGUAUUUACAAACUAGAGAGCAUGAUUGGCUCAGAUCGUCAACCCACCGGGACGAAAUUUUCCAAAUUUAUUUUUUGAAUAGCGUAGUAAGGUUACAAAUAAACAAAAGUUUUGUGUACUAUGUACGGGCUAUUUCCUUUUUCA